AUGUCUGCCUCAAAGAAACCUGCUUCCAAAGCCCCAGCUGAAAAGAAACCAGUUGCUAAGAAAACUUCUACUGGUGGUGACAUCAAGAAGAGAACAAAGGCUAGAAAGGAAACUUACUCCUCAUACAUUUACAAGGUUUUGAAACAAACACAUCCAGACACCGGUAUUUCUCAAAAAUCUAUGUCUAUUUUGAACUCUUUCGUUAACGAUAUCUUUGAAAGAAUCGCCACUGAAGCUUCUAAAUUGGCUGCUUACAACAAGAAAUCUACCAUAUCAGCAAGAGAAAUUCAAACCGCUGUUAGAUUAAUCCUACCUGGUGAAUUAGCUAAACAUGCUGUCUCUGAAGGUACUAGAGCAGUUACCAAAUAUUCUUCCUCUACUCAAGCUUAA